GCCUGGAACCGGUUCCUCGGGUCUCUUCGGCUGCUUUAACUGAGAUAUAUAAUUUGGUCAUGGGGCAACAGGACGUGUGGAGGCUGCUGUCAAGGUUUGGUUCAUUUAAAAGAACCAGUAUCAUUCUGCAACAUUUGAGAAUGUCUACAUACUCAGGAGGCUCGGGAGAAGUGUUGUUGGAAAGAAAAGGUUGUGCAGGAGUGAUAACAUUGAACAGACCGAAGCUCCUCAAUGCACUGUCCCAGAAUAUGGUUCGGCAGAUUUACUCACAGCUGAAGAAAUGGGAAGAAGAUCCUGAAACAUUUCUGAUCAUUAUAAAGGGAGCUGGAGAAAAGGCUUUCUGUGCUGGUGGUGAUGUAAGAGCAAUCUCAGAAGCUGCAAAGACAAAUCAGAAGCUAGCUCAGGAUUUCUUCAGAGAAGAAUAUAUACUGAACAAUACCAUUGGCUCUUAUCAGAAACCAUAUGUUGCACUUAUUGAUGGAAUCACGAUGGGAGGGGGAGUUGGCGUCUCAGUUCAUGGGCAAUUCAGAGUGGCUACUGAACGGUCUGUCUUUGCAAUGCCAGAAACAGGACUAGGACUAUUCCCUGAUGUGGGUGGAGGUUAUUUUUUGCCAAGACUUUCAGGAAAACUGGGCUACUUGCUUGCAUUAACAGGAUUCAGACUAAAAGGAAGAGAUGUGUACCAAGCAGGAAUUGCCACACACUUCAUAGAUUCUGGAAAGAUUUCCAUGUUAGAACAAGAUUUGGUAGCCUUGAAAUCUCCUUCAGCAAAAAACAUUGCAAAUGUCUUAGCAACCUACCAUGCAGAGUGCAAGAUUGAUCAAGACAAGUCUUUUAUACUUGAGGAACACAUGGACAGAAUAAACAGUUGUUUUUCAGCCAAUACUAUGGAGCAGAUUAUUGAAAAUUUACGGCAAGAUGGGUCACCUUUUGCUCUAGAACAGUUGAAGGUCAUUAGUAAAAUGUCUCCAGUGUCCUUGAAGAUCACACUAAGGCAACUCAUAGAGGGAUCUUCAAAGACCUUGCAGGAAGUACUAACAAUGGAAUACCGGCUCAGUCAAGCAUGCAUGGCAAAUCAUGACUUUCAUGAAGGUGUUAGAGCUGUUUUAAUUGAUAAAGACCAGAGCCCAAAGUGGAAACCAGCUAAUCUAAAAGAAGUUACUGAUGAAGAUGUGAAUAAUUAUUUUAAAUCUCUGGGAAGUAAUGAUUUGAAAUUCUGAGGUGGCUGACAUUUUAAGGUAUAUUUGGUAGCAGGAGUUGGCAAACUACAGCACAUGGGCUAAAUCUGGCUUGGUGCCUAUUUUUAUGCAGCCUGAUAGUUAGCAAUGACUGCUCCACUUUUAUGUGGUUGGGAAAAGAAAUGAUAGGUACUUCAUGACAUGUGAAAAGUCACAGUACUUUCAGAUAUCAGUGUUCAGAAAGCUGUAUUCACCUGUUUACAGGCUGCUUUGAAUUGAGCAGUCGCAACACAGCUGCAUGGCCUCUAAAGCCUGAAAUACCAACUGUCUGUCUCAUCAUUGCCACAGUUUGCCAAUCCCUGUUUAGACAAGGGGGAAUUUUGAAAGUUUCUAGUGAUACCUAACCUAAAUUCAUAUUUGCCUUUCAAUAGUGGUUUAUAUGCUGAUCAUACAACCAAGUAUAAACGAUCAAAAAUAAAAGACCCUGGGAUUUGGGGGACGAAUGUUACGUGUCGCAUAGAAUUUCCUUUUUUAUAAGUAUGUUUUGAAAUUGAGUUACCAGAGAAGAGGGGUCAUGUAAUUAAUCUAUCCAAUGUAUUAAUUCAGCCUUGGCUUUCCCUAAAGUAAUGGGAAUACCUUCCUCUGGUGAAACCCCAAUUUACCUUAAAAAUUUGCCUCAGAAAAUUCAGAGCAGUUUAAAAUGUAUUUUCAAUAAUUGGUACUGUUGGCAGAAAAGUGUUUUUAAGCUAUGCAAGAAACUUCAUGGAGUUCCAGGGGGAAAGACCUUGAAGUUCUAGGAAGGAAUAAGUUUUACAAAAAGCUAUGGGAUCUGGAAAGGACAUCAGAGAUUAUGUCCUGCAGCUUCUCACGGAGGGGAGAUUGCAGCUCAUUGCUUUAAUUUUAAAUUUGCUCAGUUCCUCUUCUAUUUGACAUGAAGGGCUUUUCUUCGAAAAAAUUCAAGAACAUGUCUGGAAUAAAAAUGCCUACAAUAUCAGACAUACUUAUAUUUUCAAGGCUCAUAAAUUAACCUAUUUAUUAUUGUUAUGUAUUUGGUUUCUAUUCACUUCAUACUUUUAUGUUAAAAAUGCCUUUGUAUAAAAUGUUGACAUGAAUCUGCAUCAAUUAAAUGAGGAACUCACAACUA